AUGAGGCUGCUGCGAGAUACUCGUAGUCCCGCUUCCCCGAGGCAGUCCUUCUCGGCGCGAGACACACCUCCUGGGUGCUUCGGGCGACUUGUGGACGGCGCUUUUGACGCGACGAGGAGGUCCGCGAGUUUCUGCGCAUCAAAAAGUGCGACGACGGCAGCGCCAUUUUGGUCGAGUCGGAGUGUGCGCGGUCAUUCAGGACGGCAGCGACAGUCCGGGCAACCGCCGCUAAUGCGACCUCAUUCCCCAGCAGAGUCGGGGCAGAGGGAGAAGGAGUGGGGCAUCCGGUGGACAAAACGACGAAAACAUACGACACAGGCUUACUGCCUCUAUCGGAGCGCUGUCUGACGACACCACAACAGAGCGUAUGACCGACUUCUCAGGCACAGAAGUCUUGUCUUCGGAGCCACAUGCCACGGCACAAGAAUAGGAAAUUCAGUCAGCGUCUAGGGCGGACCAGCAGCGGUUCUCGGGUAUUCUGUGGAUGUGCUUGCAAAACUAGACGCGGAGUUCUCUUGCGAAAAAGCCGCUGCGCAGGGUACGAUAAAGCGGAGCUCGUCGCCGGUAGAACCGCUGAGAAGUGCUCUGACAGCCGCAGGUGCAAAACUUCCAGAAUCCGACAGCAACGAAGAUCUUGGGUGAGGAGAAAAGCUGCUGCUGCUCCAGAUUUUUAUCGAUGAUUGCGAGGUAGGAGCGGGCAGCAAGACGGUGUAGGUGACCGCGGGCCAUUAAUUCCUGAAAGCGCGUUGCCCGCUUUAACACUGGCUCCGAGCGCUACAGAAUAAAUUGAAAUGCGCCAUAGCGAUUCUGUGCAGGCAUACAUACAGAUGACAGCACAAAUUAAUCUGUUGAGCGUCGCUACCAGAGAUAGCGCUGGAACUUGUUUUCAACACUGCAAAUUUUUUUGCAGAAAAAGUAGCUUCCGCUGCAGUGCUCCGUAGAGAAAUGAGCUCCGGCCAACUUAGUUCCUGUAAGAUGUUGUACACGUCAAAACCAAAAGUAGACCCGAAUAGGUACAGAAGGUCUAGAGCUGAAGCAGCUCCAUGAUCUUGCACAAGGGAUAUUUCUUUGUCUUGCAAUAAAGCGAGCGUAUAUAGAAAAU